GUGAACGCGGAAUUUUCAAGGGCGCGCACGUCGUCUGACCGUAAAUACGUCACUGAAGCGCGCCGUCGUUCUUUCUUUCUCUCGUCCUGAAGAUGGCGGCAGGGACUCUGUACACGUACCCAGAGAACUGGCGGGCCUUCAAGGCCCAGAUUGCAGCCCAGUACAGUGGUGCUCGCCUCAAAGUUGCCAGUAGCUCCCCUGCCUUCACCUUCGGGCAGACGAACCGUACUCCUGCCUUCCUUAACAACUUCCCACUGGGCAAGGUACCUGCCUACCAGGGAGAUGACGGCUUCUGUCUGUUUGAGAGUAAUGCCAUUGCUCACUACUUGAGCAAUGAUGCCCUGCGCGGUGCCACUCCUCAGGCAACAGCUGAGGUUAUGCAGUGGGUGAGCUUCGCUGACUCAGAGAUCAUCCCUCCGGCCAGCGCAUGGGUAUUCCCCACUCUGGGAAUCAUGCAGUUCAACAAGCAGGCCACAGAGCAAGCCAAGGAGGACGUGAAGAGGGCCCUUGCAGUUCUGAACCAACACCUGAACACCCGUACCUUCCUCGUGGGAGAGAGGGUCAGCCUGGCUGACAUCACUGUGGUCUGCUCCAUGCUUUGGCUAUACAAACAGGUCCUUGAGCCUUCUUUCCGUCAGCCUUAUUCCAACGUGACCCGCUGGUUUGUCACCUGUGUCAACCAGCCCCAGUUCAAGGCUGUCCUCGGAGAGGUCAAACUGUGUGAAAAGAUGGCCCAGUUUGAUGCCAAGAAAUUUGCUGAGAUGCAGCCCAAGAAAGAGGCCCCACCCAAGAAAGAGAAGGGAGGAAAAGAGGCAGCCAAGCCCCAGGAGAAGAAGGAGAAGAAAAAAGAAGAGAAGAAGCCUGCUCCAGAAGAGGAAAUGGAUGACUGUGAUGCUGUUUUGGCUGCAGAGCCCAAAGCCAAGGACCCCUUUGCACACCUGCCAAAGAGCGCAUUUGUCAUGGACGAGUUCAAGAGAAAAUAUUCCAAUGAGGACACCCUGACAGUAGCCCUUCCCCACUUCUGGGAGAACUUCGACCGUGAGGGAUACUCAAUCUGGUAUGCUGUCUACAAAUACCCCGAGGAGCUCACCCUUACCUUCAAGAGCUGCAACCUUAUCACAGGUAUGUUCCAGCGCCUGGACAAACUCAGAAAGAAUGCCUUUGCCAGUGUCAUUUUGUUUGGCACCAACAAUGACAGCAACAUCUCUGGUAUCUGGGUCUUCAGAGGCCAAGAACUGGCCUUCACUCUGUGUCAAGACUGGCAAAUUGACUACGAAUCAUAUGAGUGGCGCAAGCUGGAUCCAAACAGUGAGGAGUGCAAGACCAUGGUAAAAGAGUACUUUGCCUGGGAGGGAGACUUCAAGCAUGUGGGUAAAGCUUUCAACCAGGGCAAGAUCUUCAAGUGAGAGGACACUGAGCACACAGUCCAACGAAAGCACUCUGCGCUUCUGCUCUCCAACACUUAAAACCUACGGACUUUCAGCCACAUGUGCUUACUUUACUGCAAGAAUGACUUGGAAUGACAGCGUUUGAAGACAAGGGUGAAUUUUGUCUCAGUGGCCCCCCAAAAAACUUUUUUUUUUUUUUUGUUGUUUGACCUGCGAAAUAAAGCAUUUCCCUCAAUGCCA